CUCUGACCGUUAGAUGCCGCGCCUUUUCUUCUUCCGCCCUAGGGUUUCAUCCUCCCAUCGCGACAAGUAUUCUCUUCCAGGGUUUCUUCGAUCCGGCAAUGCGCGGCGACGAUAAUCCGGCUAUGGCGAUGCCUCCACCGAUCCAUCGCGGCGCACGGCUCCGGCAGCACAAUGCGCGCAGCGGCGACGAAUGUCACAUCCUCCCAGGUCUGAUUCUCUCCGCGGAUUGAUCGAUCCAGGGGCACGAUGCUGCCCGGCCAAGUCUGGGCUUGAGAGAGGGCGAUCAUCGAUCAGCACAGGCCAUGGACGACGAAGGCGAGGAUAUUUCGAGGCGGCGCCGGAUGAUGAAGUCCGAGAGCUUCGUCAAGACGCGGUCCACGAGCAGCUGUGCCACUCCGAGGUACCAAUGGCGAUCCAUCUCAUGGUCGAGUCACGCGCCGGUCCAGUCCCCGGAGGAGAGCUCCGAGAGUGGCAAUGAGAUUGGAGAGGACACGGACAGCGAUGGGGAUACGCACACACUGUGUCCGCCUCUACAGUCACUCUCGGUUUCUAGCGAGGGGAAAAAGGUGCUGAGGAAGGGGAAGAACUGCCUGGAUAUCAAGCUGGAUCUGGGGAUCAUCGAGAAGUCUGUCCCGGAAGAGGAUGAGGCGCUGGAAUUCUCGGACUGGCAGCAGCAGGAGGAGAAGGCCGUGGAGAAGGACAAGCAGUGCACGCAAAUCUUCGGGCAUUUGUUCGUGGGUGGAAGAUCCGCGGCCCAGAAUUACGCUGUUCUCCAGAGCUGCCGGAUCACCCACAUUCUCAACUGUGUGGGAUUUUGCUGCCCCGAGUACUAUCCAAAGGAGUUCCAGUACAAGACGCUGUGGCUCCACGACACACCGGCAGAGGAUAUAGUGUGCGUGCUCUACGACGUUUUCGAUUUCCUGGAGCUCGUUCGCGAGCAGGCUGGCUGCCAAGUCCUGGUGCAUUGCUCCGAGGGAGUUUCCAGGUCCGCUGCGCUGGUGAUCGCCUACAUGAUGUGGCGAGACAGGAAAAAUUUCGACCAGGCUUUCGAUCGGAUGAAGUCGCUCAGAGGUUCUACGAAUCCAAACUUGGGGUUCGUCUUCCAGCUCAUGCAGUGGCAAGCCAGGAUCAUUGGUGCUCAGAACAAACCGUCGACGACGAGCAUGUACAGGAUUGCACCGCAGUCGGCGUAUGAUCCUCUCUAUCUGGUGCCGAAGACCGUCGCCAACCCGAGCUUUGAUGCUCUCGACUCUCGCGGCUCUUUUGUCGUUCAGACGACGAGCAAGCUUUACGUUUGGAAGGGAAAGAGAUGCGAGAAAGGGAUGGUGGCUGCCGCUGACAAGGUGGCGUUUCAGCUCAUACGAUACGAGCAUGCUCACGGUCCGAUCCUCACAGUUGCCGAGGACAGCGAGCCGCCAGCUUUUCUCGAGGCACUGGCGUCUUCUCCGAAAAGUUCUUCGUCCAGGGAUUGCGGUGCCAGUUCGUCUUCCAGCUCCCACUCACCAAAGGAAAAGGUGGUGUCGAUCUACGACACGGACUAUGAUAUCUAUUCCAAAGCCAGGGCAGGAGAGUUUACAGUCGCAAUGCCCGUGAGAACACCGGUGUCGGCUAUCCAGGGAAUGAGAAGUCCGCAGCCAAAUUGCAAGCCGUCACCUCCAAGCAAGAGCUAACUAGGAGACACCAGGAAAAGGAGGCACACAGUUUUGCGGCGCCAGGGGCAUUUUGUCCGUGAACUGCAAAGGUUUCGAAGAACGACACGGACAGUUUUGUGAGGAGGUGUUCCGAGCGCAAUAAAAGAGGUGCACGCCUUAUCCAUUGUUUUAAUUAUUUGUAGCUUUUGACUCAGCGUUUUCCACUUGAAUGCAGGUGCAGGCAGUUCUAGCGCUGCGAAACAUAGCUUCCGAGCUCUCAGGUCCUCCCAAUUAGUACUACUUAGAACACAGACUUUAUACACAAGGGGGCAAAAAACAAACAA